AUGCCCCCAAUUCCCUCCUCGUCCUCCUCCUCCCCCCGCGUCGUCUGUUACCAUCAAACCAUUCUCCCCUCUGGCGAAUAUGUCUCGAUGCUGCCGUUGGUGCAACGCCCCACGGGGGUCACACACGUCAUCCUCGCCGCCUUCCACCUGAACGACGACCCGGACCGGCUGACACUGAACGACGAUCCGCCCGACCAUCGCAUGUACGACACACUGUGGACCGAGGUGCCACAGUUGCAAGCUCAGGGUGUUCGUGUCCUCGGGAUGCUGGGAGGCGCGGCGCCGGGCUCAUUCCGCCGUCUAGACGGAUCCCUGGAGACCUUUGAGCGCUACUACCGACCGUUGCUGGCGACGGUGCGACGACACGGGCUGGACGGGCUGGACCUGGACGUGGAGGAGGAGAUGUCACUGGAGGGCAUCAUCCGGCUGAUUGACCGACUGCAGGCCGAUCUGGGUGACGGGUUCCUCAUCACGCUGGCGCCGGUGGCCGCGGCGUUGCUGGGCCUGGGCAAUCUGUCCGGGUUCGACUACCGUGCGCUGGAGCAGCAGCGGGCGGGCAAGAUCGCCUGGUACAAUGCGCAGUUCUACAACGGAUGGGGGGAUCCGCGACUGUAUGUGGCCAUUGUGGCGCAAGGAUGGUCGCCGUCGCGCGUGGUGCUGGGAUUGUUGACGAACCCGGGCAAUGGCUCGCAGGGCUACAUACCGGUGGAGAUGCUGGGACCGAUGCUGGGCCACCUGGUUGUGCAGUUUCCGACCUUUGGGGGAGUCAUGGGCUGGGAAUACUUCAAUGCGCAGCCGGGGGGUCGCUCGAAACCCUGGCAGUGGGCGGCGAUGAUGAUGCUGAGCAUGCAAUUACGAGAGGUUCUCGUGGGUUUGUCAGAGAGGAUCCGAAUUAAUAGAUGA